CACAAAAUGGUAGUCCUCGCCGAUAUCCAAUCCUCCAAUGCCCAGAUUGCUACCUCCCUUCCUGAGGGCAUGGUGGCUCUCUUCGUCGGAGCAACAAGUGGAAUAGGCGAAGCAACCCUCAAGCAGUUCGCUAAGCAUGCUGCACGGCCGCGUGUCUACUUCGUCGGUCGCAAACACGAAGCAGCCAACCGCAUCAUCGCUGAAUGCGAAACCCUCAACCCCGAGGGGAAGUAUAUCUUCAUCUCUGCAGAUAUUAGCUUGCUCUGCAAUGUCGAUGAGGUUUGUCGUGACAUCAAGGCUAGGGAGAGAGCUCUCAAUCUCCUCGUUCUCACACCUGGUAUAGCGACUAUACACAACGAAACACCCGAAGGACUCCGCAAGAUCACAUCCCUCCUUUACUUUGCCCGCAUGCGUUUUAUUGUAAACCUCCUCCCUCUCCUCCAACAAGCCACCAGCCUCCGCCGCGUCGUAACCGUCGGGGCAGCCGGAUCUGAAGGCCCCAUCGACACCACCGACUUCGAGGGAAGAAAGCUGUCAGCUCCAUUGUUCCGCGGACAUAUUACUUCACUGACCACAGUGGCUUUUGAAAAACUAGCUGAAAAGGCCCCAACUGUGUCUUUUAUUAAUACUCACCCCAGGGCUGUCCAGACCGGAAUAACCAGAGAAGUCGAUAAUGUCCGUAUGUGGAUUGUGUGGCUUGCUCUCCUGCUUUUCGGCCGUUGGAUCUGUAUUCCUGCCAUAGAGAGUGAAGAGAGACAUCUUUUUGUGGCUACAAGUGCGAAGUAUCCAGCGCGAGAUGGGGAUGAUGGGGUGCCGCUGUCGGAGGGAGUCGCGGUUGCGCGGGGCAUUGAUGGGAUGCUGCGAGGGGGUGUUUAUUCUGUUACUUCCGAUGGGGAGAGCUCGGAUAAUGCGAUUAAGGUUCUGAAAGACCUGCGAGAGAUGGGCAUUGGAGAGAUUGUCUGGAGAUAUACGGAGAGUCAGUUUAAGCGGAUCACGGGGGUGAAUGCCGUAUAGUGUAAGCUGG